AUGGAAGGAGAGCAGCAGGGAGUGGAGGCGAAGAAGGAGGUGUUCGAGGGCAUGAAGGCACCUCUAGAUGAGGACGGCUAUGUGCAGUCGUUCGCCGUGGAAGAUACCGAGGGCCAGCGGGCCUUCUUCGACACUUACGGCUUUGUCGUCGUGAGGGACGUCCUCGACUCCACCGAAGUCGACGCGACCGUCGACGAGAUCUGGACCGACACUGAGGCGCUGGCCAACCGAGCCAAGUUUGAUGGUACCAAGGCCUCUGGUCAGCUGGUCUCGCCACGGGAAGGGGACACGCUGCUGUCGAGGGACGACCCGAACACGUGGAAAACGUGGCCGAGCAUGGGCAUGGGCAUCCUGGGCGGCGACAUUGCCGCUGGGCCGCAGGCGUGGACCAACCGACAGCACCCACGCGUGCACCAGGUCUACGCCAACCUCUUCGGCACCGAGAAACUCAUAUCCUCCGUCGAUCG